UUGACGUUUGACGGAUUAGCUGGUUUGACAUUCGAAAUCGAGACCACUGCUAUAAUUUCAUGGCGCGUUUUGUCUUGUAAAAUGUACGUGAUAAUAGUUGUAAAUGUAAUCGUAUAACUAUAUGUCUAAUUAAAGUGUUAGCGUUGUAGUAACUACAAAACUAGAUAUCAGAGUCCAGUUAAGUUGGAAGGUGUUUACCUUGUUUGUAGGUUAUGUUAGUGCUUUGUCCAAUUUUAAGUAUUCUAUCGUUUCUAAAAUGACGGACGGAGAUUCCGGAGACAGCAGUAGAAUGGUGGCAAUCCCUUGCCCUUUUGUAAAGAGAAGAGUGGAGUGCGCUGGUGCGGCAUUCCUUAGAUAUUACAAUGUAAAAUGCCAUGGUGGCGAUGCAUUGUUCCAAACGUUAAAGUCCAAUGAAAAGACAGAAGAAGUCAUUUUUGACGAUGACGUCGAGUACCUUCGGAGUUUAGAUCCCAAAGAUUGGAAGAUGCAAGACCACUAUGCUGUCCUAGGUAUUAAGACCUUGCGUUACAAAGCGACAGAUGACGACAUAAAACGUGCUUACCGGCAGAAGGUACUGAAGCACCACCCCGACAAGCGCAAGGCGCAGGGAGAGGAGAUCCGCAGCGACGACGAUUACUUUACGUGCAUUACAAAGGCGUAUGAAAUAUUGGGAACUCCAGUCAAACGCAGGUCCUACGACUCGAUAGACCCCACUAUCGAUGACACCGUACCCUCACAAAGUGAUAUCAAAAGAGACGGCUUCUAUAAAUCUUUUACUAAACAUUUUGAGUCCAAUGCACGGUGGUCUGAGAAAAGGAAUGUGCCUUUACUAGGUGACGAAAACAGCACCCGGGAACAGGUUGAAAGAUUUUAUGCUUUUUGGUAUGAAUUUGAGUCAUGGCGAGAAUUCUCUUAUCUUGAUGAAGAAGAGAAGGAGAGAGGAGCAGACAGAGAGGAGAGAAGGUGGAUUGAAAAGCAGAACAAGGCUGCAAGGGCCAAGUUGAAGAAAGAAGAGAUGGCUAGAAUAAGAAGCUUGGUGGAUCUGGCAUAUGCUAAUGACCCCAGGAUCCAGCGGUUCAAACAGGAGGAUAAGGAUAAAAAAUUAGCUGCCAAACGAGCUAGACAGGAUGCAGUACAAGCUAAGAAAGCUGAAGAAGAACGUCUCAUGAAGGAAGCACAACUUGCCAAGCAAAAGGCUGAAGAGGCGGAGCGCGCGCGCAUUGAGGCCGCGAGGGCGGAACGCGAGCAGCAGAAGAAGAACUUGCGCAAAGAGAAGAAAGCUCUCCGAGAUAUCUGUAAAGCUAACAAUUACUAUGCCAAUACUGAAGAUGAAACUGUAUCUCAUAUGGCAGCUGUAGAGAAAAUAUGUGAAAUGCUGAAAGUAGUAGAACUACAGGACUUAGUGAAGCAACUAGAGAGUAAUGGCAGGGAAGCUUUUGUCAAAACUGUGAAAGAAACAGAGGACAAACUAGAAGCCGAGAGAAAAGCCAUAUUUGAGAACAAAAGGGUGGAAGAACAGAAGGCUAGGAAGGAAUCUGCACUAAAGCAACCAAUCGAGUGGACUGUUGAGAUGACACAACUCCUGAUUAAGGCUGUAAAUCUAUUCCCAGCAGGAACUAACCAGCGCUGGGAGGUAGUGGCAAACUUCUUAAACCAACAUGGUACAUUUGCUGAUGGGAGGAGGUUUGUAGCGAAAGAUGUUUUAAACAAGGCUAAAGAUUUGCAAAGUUCAGAUUUCUCGAAAAGCACUCUUAAAAAAGCUGCUAAUGAAGAAGCCUUUGAUCAGUUUGAAAAAGAAAAGAAAAAAGGUCAUAACCAUAUUGAUGACAGUGGAAUAUCUAAAAGUGACAACCCCGCGAAAAUAGUGAACGGUACCACUACGCCGAAACCGGAAGAGGCUACCAAGCCAGAGGACAAAGCGUGGACGAAAACGGAACAAGAGUUACUUGAACAAGCCAUUAAAACCUUCCCCGUUAGUACGCCGGAGCGGUGGGAGAAAAUAGCGGACUGUAUACCGAACCGUACAAAAAAAGACUGCAUGAAACGAUACAAGGAGCUAGUUGAAUUAGUAAAAGCAAAAAAACAAGCCGCCAACCUUGCGAAAUAACACACACCUUGGUUAGUUCUAUAUCAAAUUGUUUACCAUCUGCCACAAGUAAACGACCAAAGUAGAUAAAUAUGGGUAUUGUAAAUUAUAUUUACAUUGGUAAAGUUAUAUUAUGCUGUUGGCUCAUGACAGAAGCGUUUAUAGCAAUUUCAAUAAUUGUUAAUGCUUCAUCAAUUAGUAUAACUAUGAAAUAAAUUACAGUUUUCUUUUUUAAUUAAAAUUUUAAUGCUGUUUCUGAUGGCUAAGAAGUACCCUGGGAUAUUUUAUCAAUAAAUCAUAUUUUUUCACUGCUACAGAAUAAGUUGUGUAUCAUAAAUUCAUAAAAUACUCAAAUUCA